GACAUAAUAACAUGAUUAAAUAGUCUGCUUGUCUUCUGUUAUCUUGAAAUGGCUAUAUCUUCGAGUCGUCUUCUUAAACAUAAUGUAUUAUUAUGCAUAUUUAGUAAGACCAUGGACAUGUAUUAGUUCAUGGUAAGACCAAUUAGCUCUGUUGAGCUCUUCAAGAAAAGAAACAUGAAAAUAUAUCAGGAUCGCUUAGGCGAAAGUGGACGUGUACUCCGUUCUCGAAGGGUCGGAGGAGAAUCGGCAUAGUCAGUGCAUUUUCAUUUAUCUGUAGGCCAUCAGUAUGGAUUUCAGAGAAUUACUGAUGUAUGCGGAGGAGAACCAAAAGUCAAAAGAAAGCAAGCCACAGCACAGUAAAUUCUUAAAAGCACAGCUUCCCCCUGCUAAGCGAGAUCACAAAAAUGAAAUGCGGGCAGAACCAAAGUCUGAUGUUCUGAAAAAACUACUGGAGGAAAAAGAAGAAGAAAAAAGGAGAAAAUAUAUGGAAGAAGAAAGAGAAAGGAGAAAAAGAGAGAAGGAAAAACGGCAUAGAGAAGAAGAAGAAAGACGUCUGGAGAAAGAGCGUAUCAGGGAGGAGAAGAAGAAGAAUACUUUUCGGAUUCCCAAAAAACUUGUGUUGGAAGAUGACCAGAAAGAAACCAGUUCUUCCCCACCUCAUCACAGAGAAGUGCUGAGUGAUGGUUCAUUUUCUUUGGACUCGGACCUUGUGGCCGAGGCAGAUUUGUCAGAGUUUGAUGAUAGAUUGGAAAGUAAACAUCACAGCUCUAAUUCUUCCAACCAAAAGCACAAGCCAGAUGUAGGACAUAGGCAUUCUAAGAAAUCUUCCAAUAGUUACAGGUUAUUAGAUAAGGUAUCCCUAGGUGGGUCUUCUGACAAACAGGCAGCUUCAUCUUCACAUAAACACUCUUCAUCCAGUGAACACAGAAAAGUAUCGCACAGUGAAAGGCACACAGAUAGAGAAAAUGAUUCCAAUAGGAACUCACACCACAUCAGCCAGUCUCAUAAAAGCACACACAAAUCCAGCAGCAGAGAAUCUAGAAGUGACAAGAGUAGCUCAGAAAACCAUAGAAAAGAUGAAAAUCUCUCAGGAAAGCAUCGGGACAAGUCUUUAGACCAUGAUCACAAGAGUAGCCACAACUUUGUUGACAAGCAUACCUCUAGCAAGACUGCACACUCAUCAAACUCUUCUUUGAGCAAGUCUAGCAGGGAGAGUCACUCAGCUGGAGGAAAGGGACAGUUAUCAGAGAAGAAGCCAAUGAUCAGCAUUGGAGAGCAGUCAUCCCAGUCAAAUGCAGAAUCUGACAAGCAAGGCACCAACCCAGAUCCCAGCACUGAAGAAUGUAAGUUUACCACACUAUCUCGUCACCAUUUGAAACCUAACAUUGUGCGUCAAGGUGUGUCCAUGGAAGAGCGCGAAAAAACUUUAGCCAGGCUUCAGGCUAUACUUGCCAAACAUACAUCAGGUGAUGAUAUAAAAGGUAUGAGAAAACGUGCAUCAAAAGAGGAAGCUAAAGCCAGGAAAUCACGCCGGAACAGAGGUGACCUGGCUGGGCUUGGUUCAGAUUUUUCCGGCUCUUGUUUGGAGCCAGUGCCUUAUUCACUAGAAGAGAAACCCAGUCUCAGAAGACCUGAACCCAAGCCUGAGGCAGAGCCAGAGCCAAAACCUGCCAAACAACCAAAACGUAACAAACAGCCCAAAACCUCUCAUGGGAUGACACCAAAGAAUCGCUUAUCCUCAUCCACACAUUCAAAGCUUACUUCAGACUUAAAACAUUCUUCCAAGCACGACCGGAAAAGUCCAGUGAGAGACAGGCCGAAACCUAAAGUCAAACCACGGCCACGGCCACCUCCAUCACUAAUGAAUUUUGCUGACUUGCUGAAAAUGGCUGAGCAGAAGCAAGCAGUACCUGUCAUGGUUGAAGUGGCGCCAAAGAAGAAAGAAUCACGACCCAUGACACAAGACGAGAUAGACAGGCAACGAGCUAGAGAGGAACGGGUCAAGAGUAAGGAAUACAAGGACUGGUUUAACAAUGGAGAAGAGGGUGGUAAUGGCAAGAAAACUCAACACUUAAAUGGACAGGCUGACAGGGUAACAUCAUCAAGCAGUCAACAGCCACAGUCCAGAGGUGCUCAGCCUGCACGCAUGUCUAGCACCUCAACUGGUUCAGGAAGUGCUGUAAAUUCAGUUAACCACAAAUUGAAUGGGAGUAAUGAAAAUUCAUAUGAUGUUGGAAAAAUGGACCGGAAAUAUCCUGUGGCAGGAGAUUCUCGUUCAUCUUCUAAAAGUUCUGUGCAAGAGGCUUCAAAACCCAACAGACCAGUUGUCCGGCCUGGUCAACCUGACCCUAAUAGGCCUGGGGUCAUCGCUAGUAAACCUCGUGCCAUGAUGCAACACAUUAGUCAGCAGUCAUCAACCCGCCCAGGAAAGCAAAGUGCAGGGCCUUUGGAAAAAAGGGGAAAAAGGCCAGCCCCUUACGAGGAGGAUUCUUCAGUAGAAUCUAUGCCGGCAUCUCACUCCCAGACUUUUGGUGGCCAAGGCAAAGCAUCUAAUGCAUGGGAUUCACUUUUCAACAGACCAGAGUACAAAAGUAAACCUCCAGCCCCAAAAAGAAAAAUGGUCAUUGACAGUGAGGAAGAGGAAGAGGAAGAAGAGUAUGAUGAUGAUAUGGCAGACUUCAUUGACGAUGAAGGAACAGAAGAUAUGGAUACUGUGUCUGGAACUAUCCGGCAGCUGUUUGGUUAUGAUAAACGAAAAUACCGUUAUGUUGAUGAUGAUGAUGAUGACUGCAUGGAAGCCAGUUUUUCACAAGUCAUGAAAGAAGAAGCAAGGAGUGCCAAACUUGGUAAACAGGAAGAUCUAGAAGACAUAAAGCGUGAGCAAGAAGAACUGCGCAGAAAGGCUGCGAAAAAAAAGAUGCUGUCCCGUAGAUGAUCCCUUUUCAUGAGGAUGAGGAUGAAUCUUCUUUGAUGUGAGCAGUGCAAUACUGGAGUGAUAGCAUUUGCUUCAACCUGAGGAAUGGGAUCCAUCAUUUGUGUUGAAGGAAGAAACCCUCUCCCAGAGUCUGCAGAUCCAGCCCAGGCAGCGUCAAGAUGGUGUGCAGUGUAGUGCUUGAGGGUUAAGAAUGAUGAGACUGGUGUGGUGGCAUUCAGCUGUAUGCAAGAGGUGGCAGAAAAGGUGAACCCUUUUUCCUGCUCACUAUCCUCACAAAGGUCGCAAAGUCUAACCUUGUUUGCAAACUUCCAUCAGAAAUAACCACAAAACAUUUUAAAGUUUAUUCAAAAUAGAGUGGGGGUAGCGAUUUGGAUGUGCCCAAUGUGUGGUGGACAUGAAUAGUCUGGUAUGUAUUUAUACUGAUCUUGUGGCCUAAGAUCAUGUGUAUUAGUAGGAAGGAGAUAGAUCAGAUCAGUGACAGCUAUAAAAUCAUUGUCCAUUCUAGCAAAUCAGAACUUUGAUGUAGCAUAAAUUAUCCAUAUGUCUACUUGGGGUAGAAGGCUUCAGGUGUGGAUUAAUGGUGAGGCAUAACAUUUAAUCAGCUAUCAUUCAUCACUAAUCUGAGGUGGCAUGGUAGUAAACAAAAGAAAGGGAAAAAAAGGGGAGGACUUAAGCUUUAAUAUUAGAGAUUUAAAUAUAAGUCCUAAUGGCGCUUUACAAAUGAUGCUACUAAUUAUAGCAAGAAUAAUAGGGACACAUUUUUUAAAAAAAAACAAUCAAGACAACCGAAAAGAAAAGGCGAUAACUCGUGGAAACUGGAAUAAUAAUAAGAAAAAGUGUAGCGCUAUCUGAUAUAUAACCCUUAUCUGAGACUAACUUUAGGGUGAAUCUGCCCUGCUAUGAAGUGAGGCAAGGUUAUCAAGAUAAUUCCAUUGCUAUAGAAGCAAUUGAUACCUUUGCUAAGGAUUUGCCUUUAUCCUUAGUUCAGAUUCUUUCCAUAUUGUGAUCUAUUUAUUCAUUUGCAUGAAUGUAGAUUAAUGAAUGGUAUGGAACCUACUUUUGUUUUGUAGUAGAGUCUAAACAUUUUCUUUUAGCCUCACUUGUUAGAAAAGAACAGAAACUUACAAGUAUUAUUGUAUGAUUUACUGAGAGACUUUGGUUUCCACUUGUAACACUUGCUGAAGUAUCAAAUGCAGCCCAUUUUUCUCCUGUUUCACGCAUGCACAGCGGUGAAAACUCGUACGUGCAUUAAAAUGCCUAAUUUUGCUGUUACAUUAUCAUAUUGUUGGAAUUUUUCACGUGGUGCUGGGCAGUGAAAAGGCAAUUGCUUGCAUAGAACAACUUCACUUGCAGAGUUUAUGAUGUUCAUCCCAUAGAGCAGGGAUGCCCAACCUACGGCCUGUGGGCCAUAUCCGGCCCAAUCGGCAUGUUAGUAAUUUAAAAAAAAUACCUAAAAAACGGGGGGAAAAAAGGGAAGAAGUAUUUAUCCCCACGUAGGGGUGUCUCUCAAUCUUGUUUUCGAUGGAUGAACAUUUCAAUUCAGUGCUCUGACUUGGUGUCUCUACGAUGCAGCCGGACAUUCAGAAGUUGGUUUCGGGUAAACAACUUCAAAUAUCCCACUAAUUACAACAUAAGUACAACUUGCUUGUAAUAAAAAUGGUAUCUGCUCUAUUUUUUUCUUUUUUUGUAUUUUUGGCGGUGAAGCGGCCCGUGACAUGCAUGUCGGAAAUGUGUAUGGCCCGCAGGUCGAAAAAGGUUGGGCAUCACUGCCAUAGAGCAUUUCACUGUUCUGAUGUAUGCCUGUAACUUUCCUAAGAAGACAUGUUUGCUCAUCUAGUUGCAUUUUAGUAGUUUGCAUCCUGCAAGUAGCCUAAAUGACUAGUGGAAAUUUUAUUAUUGUUUAAUGUGCAGAACCUUUCAGAAGUGUUAAGAUUGUAUGGUUUGACACUUAAUGAUGGUUUCAAUUAGUUUUUUUGAUUGAACUGAUCAUUAUAUGGGACUGAUAUAUGAUUAUCAUGGAUACGAAUUUUGAAUUGUCACAGAAACAAAUCAGUGAAAGUUUCAUCUACAGGACUUUGGAAAUGAAAACGAUAUUAUUGUGCAGUAUAAAUUAUUACUAGUAAAUUUGUAAAUAGGUUUAUUAUAAUGUGUGGUGAUGUAAAUUAUCCUAAAAGCAAUUGAUAUGUGAUGGAACAAGCAUCUCAAAAACUAUAGCAACUUAAAAUUGCAGAUUAGUAUUCCUUGUUUGCAUUGUUCACCUGCAUUGAUAUCUGUGAUACCAGAUAGUAAAUAAUGCAUCAUUUUUAUGUUGAUUUAUACUUGCACUUUUUCCCAAGAAUGGGCAAGUUGCUGCAUUCUGAUGAUUGGCGUAAUAAGCUAGAUAAGUGGCAUUCAGCAACGGCUUUUCAUGAUGAAGUAUAGAGACUGGGCAACAGUGGUACCAAAUUCUUACUGAUGUGUGUAUAUAUAUAUACAAGUGAAUGUUCUGGACGUGCCUGCGAUUUCUAUAUUCAAAUCUGAAACUGUGUUCAAGAGGAACUGAAUUUUGGCUGAAAGGUCUAAUAAAAAUACAACAGUAUAAAAACUU